AUGGCGCUCUCCCGAUUUAUGCAAAAGCUCGAAGUCAAGCCGACUGACGAUGAAUAUGAGAGUAUCACCACGAGCAGAUGGGGAAACAGAGAUGUUUAUCCUGUCGCCCACGACAAGCGUACCUAUGGAGUAUAUGCCUUUGUCAGUUAUUGGGGAACUUGUGGUAUCUGCCUGUCAUCGUGGACUAUAGGCAGUAGUUUGAUUGGUAUUGGUCUUACACCAGGUCAAGCGAUGGCCUCAGUCACAAUUGGGAUGCUCUUAGCUAGUGCCACUGCCUUUCUCAACGGAACCCCAGGAGCGAAACAUCACCUGGGAUAUGGAAUGCUUGCCAGAGCGUCGUUUGGGCUAUGGGGUAGUUACUUCUGUAUUAUGCUGAAUGUCUUUCAAUCAUUCGUAUUUUAUGGCACGCAAAUGUAUUUCGGAGGGCAGGCUUUCGUUCUUAUUCUCAAUGCACUAUCUCAUAGCUUUCUGACGAUGAAAAACACUCUUCCUGAUAGUGCCGGUAUCACAACACCGGGAUUGAUUGGAUUCGUCCUCUUCAUCUGCCUAUACUUCCCCAUCAUCUAUUUCAUACCAGCACACAAAAUCCAAAAGUUGUUGGAAGUUCAGGUGGUAGUCGCAACAGCAACUUUGUUGGGAAUUAUGGCUUGGGCGAUUAAUAUGAACGGUGGUAGUCCAGGCAAUCUUGUCUCCUCGCAGCUCAAACUUACCAAAGCCGAAGUUGGAUUCCGUGUCAUGCAAGGAAUCACCUCUGUGGCAGGUACAUACACAGGAGGAACAGAUCGAGUAUCAGAUUGGACACGUUACGGCCGUUCUCGCCAUACCUCAACCCCCGCAAUUCUAGCCCUCUUCUUGACCGUCAUCCUCACAGCUCUUAUCGGCAUCCUCUCAACCUCAGCACUCAUCCAAGUCUACGGCGAAGCCCAAUGGAACCCCCUCCUCUCCCUCCAAUCCGUCCAAGCAACAACCUACACGCCCGCUUGCCGCGCCGGCACCUUCUUCGCGGGUCUCGGUCUCCUCUCCGUCACCGUCUUCGUCAACUACACGCAGAACUGCGUCUCCUCCGGCAUGGACAUUGCCAUGCUCGUCCCGAAAUACUUCUCUCAACGCCGCGGCGCGAUCGUCUUCUCCAUCCUCGGCGUCCUCGCCCAACCAUGGCGUUUUCUUACCGGAUCCGCGACCUUCAUCACUGUCCUUUCUUCCUUUGGUGUCUUCAUGUCCCCCGCGGCCGCGAUCCUCAUUGUUGAUUUCUGGAUCAUCAGAGGCACGAAGUGGAAUAUCCCUGAACUCUACAAACCUAAUGGUAUCUACUGGUUCACAUUCGGCGUCAACUGGCGCGCUAUGCUCGCUUAUCUCAUCGGUAUGUGGCCUGCGCUUCCUGGCUUUGUCGCUGAGGUUGGCGGGACCGAGAUUGCGAUUACGUGGAGACGGUUCUAUCAGAUUAGUUAUUUUAUCGGGUUUAUCAUUAGUGGAGGGCUGUUUUGGGCGUUUAAUUUGCUGAGUCCCGUGCCGGGACGGGGUGUGCAGGUGGAUUUCGAUUUGGAUGGGACGGUGGUUGUUGUUGAAGGGGUGGAGAAGGAGCAUGGGGAGGGUGAGGGGUUUGGAGAUGAGAAGGGGUUGGAGGCCUUUGAGAGGAAAGUUUGA